AUGGUUUUCGGCCGCUCCCUCACGGAAUCACGCCUUUUGAGCUCUGCAAACUACGUUCGAACCGAGCUGCCGACUCGAAUAGCGCAUCGCAUUCGAGAUAUGCAACAGCUGCCCUACGUUGUAGUUACGAACCCCCACAUUAAAGAAGUCUACGAGCUAUACAAUAAUGCGUUCGACACGUUUCGCAAGAUCAAGGAGAUCAAGAACCUGGAGGACAACGAAAAGUUCUGCCAGAUAAUCGGCCGUAUGCUCAAGGCGCACCUGACCGUCAUCCCCAAGCUGUCAAUGGGAAUCCUCGAGAGCAGAGGCCGUAUGGACGCCAAAGACCUCGAUAGGUUUAUGAACACUAUCCUGAGAUCGAGAAUAUCCCGUAGGGUCAUCGCCGAACAGCACCUAGCCCUGACGGAAACGUAUCACUCGCCGUGGUUCUCGCCCGGCGCGAAGCUGUCCGAGUCCGAGUUCAUAGGUGAAGUCUUCAUCAAGUGCGUCGCCAAGGACGUCAUCGAGCGCUGCACCCGCGCUGUCCAGAGCCUCGCCCGCUCGACGUACGGCCAAGACGUAGAGCUCCCCGAGAUCAAGGUCGAGGGCCACCUCGAGGCGAGCUUUCCCUUUAUCCUCAGCCACCUCGAGUACAUCAUCGGCGAGCUGCUUCGCAACUCCGUCCAGGCAGUCGUAGAGGGGCGACAGCAGCAGCAGGGUAAGAACAAGGACGCCAAGGUCCCGCCCAUCGAGGUGACCAUUUGCGAGGCGCAGCAACACGUCAUCAUCCGCAUCUCGGACCAGGGUGGCGGCAUCCCUAGAGAGGAGCUGCCGUACCUCUGGUCCUUCAGCAAGGGGCCACAGAGCCAGCGCCGGCUGGAGAACCUGGGUCGGGUGCCCAAGCUGGCCGCCACCAUGCAGGAGCUCCACGUGUCGGACGAGCUGGGUCGGGCGGACAUGAAGACCCCGAGCCACGGGAGCUCCCUGGCUUCGAUGACGACACGGCCACCCGACCUGCGGCUGGGCAUGGGGCUUCCCCUGAGCAGGGUCUAUGCCGAGUACUGGGCGGGCAGCCUCGAGCUCCACAGUCUCGAGGGCUACGGCGUGGACGCGUUCCUUCAGAUAUCGAAGCUGGGCAACAAGAAUGAGCAGCUGACUACUAGGGCCACGAUGGAUGCUGUGUAG